CUGGGUUUCGUUUUUAUCGCCCUCUGCAGACCCUCGGUAUAGAAAAGAACCCUUAGAACAAGCUCGAGAAGCGAAAAGCCAAGACCGCGGCUAAGACAUACGGAAUUGAAGUCGAUCCAACAUCAACACAAUCUCAAACACCAGUUGCGCGCAGGCCCACGACCACGAUGUACACGGAACCAACGACAUUCUCUGCAGAAGAGUACUUUGCGACUCAACCGCCUCCUCCGACGCUGGACCAUGAUAUCGAGAAAGUGAGGGAGUUCAUUCAGAGGCAGAAUAAGGAAGGGAGGAGUGUUGUUUUGGUUACUAGUGGAGGAACGACAGUCCCUCUAGAGCUCAAUGUCGUUCGAUUCUUGGAUAACUUCAGUGCCGGAACCCGAGGAGCCACCUCCGCGGAAUACUUCCUCAAAGCCGGCUACGCCGUCAUCUUCAUGCACCGCCAGUUCAGUCUGCAACUCUUCAGCCGACAUUACUCCCACUCGACCAACCCCUUCCUCGAUUUCCUCGAAAUCGACGGUCCCCUCUCGGACGCGAACAACUCGAACGACCCCGAUGCCGCACCUAUCAUCUCCGUCACACCCGAAAAGCGCGCAGACUUGCUAGAAGUGCUCUCGAUGUACAAGGACGUGCAUAAAGCUGGGACGUUGCAUACUUUGACGUUUGUCACUGUCAACGAUUACCUGUGGUUGUUGAGGGCUGUGAGUCAGGAGAUGGCUCUGUUGGGGAGGAAGUCGUUGUUCUACCUUGCGGCUGCUGUUAGCGAUUUCUUCUUGCCUAGGCAGAAGAUGUCGAUUCACAAGAUUCAAUCGGGGAAGGGUAGUCUGCAUAUCGAGAUGGACCAGGUACCCAAGAUCCUCAAACCAAUGGUAGACGAGUGGACAAAAGAAGGUUUCAUCGUUUCCUUCAAGCUUGAAACCGACGACAACCUCCUCCUCCCCAAAGCUCGCCAAGCCCUCGAACGCUACGGCCACCAAGUGGUCAUCGGCAACGACCUCCACCGGAGAAAAUUCGAAGUCGUCUUUGUGUCGCGGAAAGAAAGCGAGUUUGAUGAGUACUGGCUUCGAAUUGACCUUGGUGAACACCAUGGACCUGCGCACCAUGCAAAGGAGAUCGAGGAGGAUAUUGUGGCCGAGUUGGUGAAGAGACACAAUGCAUGGAUCGAGAAGGGAAAGUUGUAGAGAAUAGAAGUAUCUAAAAUCAUGUACAACAGAUAUCUAUACCAUUUAUUUCGGGUGG